AGAAGCGAGAAGAGUCAAGAGUCUCCCUUCGCGAGAGCCUCUAAUCUGGUUGCUAUGGAAAUAUAUGACCACAUAAAAGGAAGUUUAUUCUGAUAAUUCUGAUACCUGAGAUGUAACCGGACUGAAGAGUGGAACAAGAAAAAAUUUAGUGUCAACCUUAAUUACAAUGGCCACUGAUUCAGGAGAGCUAGCCAGCACAGAAGAUUCUGAGACACCUGAUGGAGUUUCAUUUGAAAAUAGAGUUCCUCAGGUUGCUGCAACUUUGACAGUAGAAGCUAGACUAAAGGAAAAAAAGAGCACCUUCUCUGCUUCUGGAGAAACUGUAGAAAGGAAGAGAUUUUUCCGAAAGAGUGUUGAGAUGAUGGAAGAUGACAAAGUUGCCAAACCUUCCCCCAAAGAUGAGAGAAUAAAGGCUGCAACAAAUGUUCCAAGAAUAGAUAAACAUCCUACAAAUGUGGUAAGAGGUCGGCAAGAAGUUAAAUAUGAGCAAUAUUCAAAGGCAACUUUGGAAUCCUCAAAAGAUUGUAUCAAGGAGAAAAAUGAAAAGGAAAUGGAAGAAGAAGCAGAGAUGAAGGCUGUAGCUACUUCUCCUAGUGGCAGGUUCCUGAAAUUUGACAUAGAGCUUGGAAGAGGAGCAUUUAAAACAGUAUAUAAAGGACUGGACACUGAAACAUGGGUUGAAGUUGCUUGGUGUGAGCUGCAG